GAAAAUCGUUGUGAAACAUAAAUACUUUGAGUGACGUUCACCUGAGUACAUUUCGUAAUUUAUUGCAAGAGUGUCUGGAGUAAGCCGUCAACUGAUAGUAAAAGCUCCGUUUCGUUCUGUUUAACACAGUAUGGCGAAGAUACAAGCUGGUCCAGUGGUCGAAAUGAAAGGAGACGAGAUGACGCGGAUUAUUUGGGAGCUCAUUAAAGAUAAACUAAUAUUUCCAUAUGUGGAGUUAGAUGUGAAGUCUUAUGACCUUUCCAUUGAGAACAGGGAUGAAACAGAUGACAAAGUCACUGUUGAAGCUGCAGAGGCAGUAAGAAAAUACAGUGUAGGAAUAAAGUGUGCUACCAUCACUCCAGAUGAGAAACGAGUGGAAGAGUUUAGUUUGAAGAAAAUGUGGAAAUCUCCCAAUGGGACAAUUCGAAACAUUCUUGGUGGAACUGUCUUCAGAGAAGCAAUAAUUUGCAAAAACAUUCCAAGGUUGGUUCCCGGCUGGAUGAAGUCAAUAAUCAUUGGUCGCCAUGCUCAUGCUGAUCAGUACAAAGCAACAGACUUUGUUGUCCCAGGCAAGGGUAAAGUAGAGAUGAUAUACACUCCUGCUGACGGUGGAGAACCAGUGAAAUAUGUUGUACAUGAAUUUUCUGAUGGUGGUGGAGUUGCAAUGGGGAUGUUCAACACUGAUGAGUCCAUUAAGAACUUUGCCCACAGUUCUUUUCAAUAUGCACUUGAGAAGGAGUAUCCCUUAUACAUGAGCACAAAAAAUACAAUUCUCAAAAAGUAUGAUGGUAGAUUCAAGGAUAUUUUCCAAGAAAUCUAUGAAAAGGACUACAAAAAGAAGUUUGAAGAAAAGAACUUGUGGUAUGAGCACAGGCUGAUUGAUGACAUGGUAGCUUAUGCUCUCAAGUCUGAAGGUGGCUUCAUGUGGGCGUGUAAAAACUAUGAUGGGGAUGUACAGUCAGAUUCUGUUGCUCAAGGAUUCGGUUCACUCGGUAUGAUGACCAGUGUUCUGGUGUGUCCUGAUGGAAAAACAGUUGAAGCUGAAGCUGCCCAUGGAACAGUGACGAGACAUUACCGUAUGCAUCAGCAAGGGAAGGAGACUUCUACAAAUCCAGUUGGUAAUGACAAUCUUGCCAACUUCUGCCACACUUUGGAGGAGACCUGCAUCGCAACAAUUGAAGCUGGUGACAUGACCAAGGACCUUGCUGGGUGCAUAAAGGGAUUGCCAAACGUUCAGCGGUCGGACUACCUAAAUACUUUUGAAUUUCUUGAUAAGAUAGCCGAAAAUCUAGCCGUUAAAUUGAAGCAGUCGCCGAGCCGUUUGUAACUAGUAAAAGCUAUUUCAAAGUAGGCGAAGUUUGGCUUCCUUCAUUCAAGCAAUAUUAUGAUAUGCAAAGAUUUUUUUCAGGCAAAGCCAAGUAGAGUAUGGUAGUGUUGCAGCAGGUGAUCCUUUUACUUACAAAUAUAAGCCCCCUUUAUUUUGGAAUGUUACAAAAUUUUAUUUUAAGCUCACAUAAUUUUAUUUUUAAUUAGAAAUUUCAAAAGGUCAUCUCUUUCGUUUUCACAGAGACGGGUUCAUGGACGUUUUCUUUGUCCUAGUCUCUUUGCAAAUAAGUAUCGUCUUCCCUUACUUUUCCACAAUUUCCUCAUUACUUUGCCGCCUUUCGGCAAGAUGAUAGUACAAUAUGGCAGCAAAAUUUGAGUAGCUUUUUCAAUGUAAACAUUUAAUUUUGCUAGUGUUAACGUCGUCGACAUGCAGCAGUUUAGGUUAGGUAAUUUUACUUGCCCUCGUGUUAAAUGAAAAAAGGUCAAAGCGACAAUUUAUUUAAAUCAAAUAAUUUUUUUAUGUAAUGAAAAAAUACUACAAAAUUACUAGAAAUUUUGAAUGUUCGAAGUGAAGAUGUGUUAACUAAAUGAAUUUUCAUCGAUUUGGGUUAUAUUCGAUUUUAUAUCUGACCAUGAAGAUGAAAUGGUGACAAUCAAUUUCUUGAUGGUAAUUUUCAGUUGAUUAUACAGUCAUUUAACACAUACGUGAUGUGAAUCCGUGAAGCUGGGGAUAGGCUCAGAAAAUUGGAAUGUAAACGGGCACGAAAAUCAAUUAGAAUCCGUAAAAUUCUUGUUUUUAAAGCAAAAGGACAUAUUACUGUUUUGUCUAGUAAGUACUUGCUGUUGCACCAAUAAGGUAGUCACUUUCAUUGUAGCAUAUGUCUACCCAAUUUAUAUGUUUAUCAGCUUUCGCAUUGAAGUAUGGAACGCUGGAGUACUGGAAGAGGGUAGUCGAAAGAAGCAUUCGUAAUGAAUGGCGCGGAGCGAAAAGACCAAGAGGAACUCUUGCUUAUCGGCUCGCUCUCCGCCCUCGCUUAUUGGCUUAUCAUCCUGAAACAGGAAUCAGGGCUGUGCACGGGCUAAGACAAGUCGAUUUCACCGGAUCGUAUGCAUAAAUUUAAACCAGUCGGAAGUUGAGUUAUGUCCCGCGAAGCGAGUUAUCGUUGUGAUUUGCGUUAUGUUUACACGUCAACGGCGUAAAUAGAUGGUUAGUACUUGUUGCUGUAUCUUAGCAUGAUUUUUUUAGUUUUUCAGGCUCUUAAUACGACAUUUUAAAACGACCAUACUUUGUCUCGUGCACAAUAAAGAUCAUACUUAUGUUAA